AACAUUUGUCUCGAGUUUGUAACAAUACUAAAGCAUCGUUUGACUGAGGGUAGCAUCAAAAGAGCCCUGAAAAAAUCACAUUCAGUGGGAAUUGGGGAACACUUCAAUUGGAUGGACGAAGCACAAAGGAAGAUGGUUGUGGUUGCUGAAGCCUAAUUGUCCCAAUCCCAGUUCAUUGCUGUAGGAGUCUUCCGGAUCAGAAGUCAUGUUUCCAUUAACGGAGAAGGACAGGAGAGUUGUCCAGAUGCUGCUCAGUGCACGAUGCUGUCCUCGAUGUAUACUAAGAUUUUGUUCUGUUGGGAUUCAGACUACGUACAGGCUUUCACGCAAGGAAUUGUUCACAGAGCUUCACAAAUUCUUGAACGGUGAUGAAGAUAAACCUAAGGAAGUAGAAUAUGGUCAACCACCUUGUAAGAAGAUGCGGUUGCAGGAUUCUGAAAAGAAUGAUUCCGAUUCAGAACAGAAUGGAGCAGUCAAAUUGCUAUCCAGUGAAUGUAUACUUCCUGGUGAUGAAGUUCAAACUUGCUUUGUGUGUCUGGGAAUUCUACAAGACCUAUGUGAAAUGGAUUUUGUAAAAAAGGUGUGUGGUGAAGUGGACUCUGCUGGUUAUCAUUUUAACAGUCUCGUAUUUUCAGUUUCACUGCCUCCCCAGCUCUUAGUCAGAGAGCAUGCCACGUGGUUGCUGGUAAAACAGGAAGUAGGACAACUGGGAAAUGUUUUAAUGAAGGAUGAUAUUUUACAACUUAAAGAAGUCUACAAGUGGAUAACUCAUCCUCUGCUUUCUGAGGAACUGGGUGUGCCUGUGGAUGGGAAGAGCUUAUUUGAAGUAAGUGUGGUUUUCGCACACCCUGAAACAGAUGGGGAUUGCCACUUUCUGGCCACUGCAUGUCGAGAGUGCUUUAGACCAACAAAAAACAAACAGUCCGUAUUCACUAGAAUGGCAGUGAUGAAAGCUUUGGAGAAGAUAAAAGAUGGUGACUUCCUUCAACAGUUUCCUCAUCAGCUUGAACCACCUAAAAGCUCCUGUGUUGUUCAGGAAAUUCAGUGCUCUCACAAUUCAAUCUAUGUGGCAGGCAGAUAUAACAAGUUCUCCAGGAGCCUACCACAGACUCCUUGGGUAAUAGACGGAGAAAGAAAAAUGGAGUCUUCAGUGGAAGAACUUAUAGGAGAGCCGCUGAAAAAAAUGUUUAAAGUAGAUAGUUUAAACUUUUCCUCUUCAGGAAGAGAAGAUGUUGACGUCAGAGCCUUGGGAAAUGUAACUACCUACCAGCAAGGCUUCAUGUUCUAUAACUCUCUCUAUUGCCGGCAACAUCAUCUACCCCACUGGCUGUUACCCACCCCAACCCCCAGCACCACUAUUCCUGCCUGCCCUCUGUACUGUCUAGUCAAAUGCCCGGGACAUCUCCCCACAGUAAUAGGCCGGCCUUUUGCGAUUGAGCUGCUUAACCCACGUAGAGCAUCUUUUUCUCCGAAUGAACUUAAAGAACUUCAACAGAAAAUUAAUAGCUCUACUGAUAAAAUCCAAGUUCGAGAUUUACAGAUAGUGACCAGGGAGGCAAUAGGACAUAUGAAAGAAGGUGAAGAAGAGAAGACAAAGUCAUACAGUGCCCUAAUAUGGACAGAGAAAGCUAUAGCAAAGAAUGAUAUAGAUUUUCUGCAGGAUUUACAGGACCUAAAGCUCGACCAGAAGACUCCAUUACGAGUUCUUCACCGAAGGCCCCUAGCUGUAAGAACUCGUGUAAUACACAGUAUGAGAGUGGAGUAUAUAGAUCUGCAUCAUUUUCGUCUUUAUUUAAAGACACAGGCUGGCACCUAUGUUAAAGAGUUUGUACAUGGAGACUUUGGACGUACCAAACCAAACCUUGGCACCCUGCUGAACAUGACAACUGAUAUUCUUGAACUAGAUGUAGAGUCUGUAGAUGUUGACUGGCCGCCAAAAUUGGAUGAAUGAAGUGCUGGAGUUUGAGCAAUUUCUGGCUGAGUCCAGGACUGGCUACAAUCAAAAAGAUUAUCAGAUAUGUCAUGGGAGCUGAUGUAAACAAAAACAGUGACAAUUUCUUUAAGCUUAAUUUUGUAUUCAUUUCCUAAUAGCUCAGUUUCAAUGUAAACCUUGUAAAUAGCUUAUGAACAGCAUAUAAAAAAUAAAUGUCUGACCUUAAA